UUGUUUUCAAGGAAAAAUCUUUAUUCCUGAGCUUUCAGCAAAGCGAAGUAGAUUGCAAACUGAUAACACGUACAUCCAUGGAGAUAACAACAACUACUAUGUCUAUGAAAUUGAUUAAUAAUUGUCCAAAACUCCUUCGAUUUCACAGCCCUUUGCUUCAAAGCCACGCAUCAGUUCGAAAUUCACUUCACUUUUCUGUUAUUUCUCAUUCUACUGUACGAAAUCCUCGUUUCGUCACUUGCUGUCUUUCCAACGAGAAUACUUCCAAUACGGUAGCUGAGGUUGCUGUGAAGGAUCCAUCUCUUGCAGUAAAGAAGAAAGCAGCGGAUAUAUUGCCUGAACUGAAAGGAACUUCCAUAUUUCUUGUGGGGAUGGCAAGUUCAAUAAAAACCAGCUUGGGCAAGCUUCUAGCUGAUUCAUUGCGAUAUUAUUACUUUGAUAGUGAUAGUCUGGUAUUGGAAGCUGCUGGUGGUGAAUCUGCUGCUAAAGCUUUCAGGGAGAGUGAUGAGAGGGGCUAUCGGGAAGCUGAGACUGAAGUAUUGAAGCAAUUAUCAUCCAUGGGUCGACUAGUAGUUUGUGCUGGAAAUGGUGCAGUUCAGAGUUCAACUAAUCUGGCACUUUUAAGACAUGGAGUAUCAAUAUGGAUUGAUGUACCACUAGACAUGGUGACGAGGGGAGUUGUUGAGGACCAGAGUGAAGAUACUGCAUCAGAGGUAGCUGCAUUAUAUCAACAAAUGAAAGGUGGAUAUUCCACUGCUGAUGCAACCAUAUCGCUCCAAAAGGUAGCAAAUCAACUGGGCUACGAUGACUUGGAUGCCGUAACCACAGAAGACAUGACUAUGGAGGUUUUGAAGGAGAUAGAAAAACUUACAAGAGUAAAGAAGAUGCUGGCAGAGGCGGCAAAACCUUUUUAAACUUAAAAGUUUGCUUCCAUUCCUUCAGGCUUCAGCAGUAUUACAUCUCAAAAUUUUGUAUUAAAAAAAAAAAAAAAAAAAAAGCCAUAU